AUGGGAAAAUUUAAAACAAGUAGUAAUUGGCAAUUCUUUAUUAAAAAUUCCUCUGGCGGUCUUUGCAAGAUAUGUCAAAGACAAGUUAAUUGUAAGGGCAAUACUACUAAUCUCAGCAAUCAUUUGAAACGACAUCAUAAAUCUGUGCUAGAAAAAUCUGAAGAUACUAAAGAUUCCGAAUUGAUCGAUGAUCCUGAUGCAUCACUGAGUAUUGCAGUUCCAAGUACGAGUACAGGAAUCACUCAUUCGUCGCAAAUGAGUCAGGAUAAAGAAGCGGUAUUCAAAAAAUCAUCACUCUCUACAUCAAAUCCAAUGCAAGGGGCAAAAUUCAAAAGUACUGAUCAUCAUAAUUCGCAACCAUGCAUUGACAAUGCCAUAUCUAAAAUAAAAUCGUUUGAAGGUAAAGUGUUCACGUAA